GAGUGUUUCCUCGGGACUCGGCCAUUCGGAGGGCGCCAGAGCGGUCCCUCUAGCCACCGCCCCGUGGCCGGCCCUCGGUCUUAGGACUGCGAGUUCUCUAUGCUGUUGGCGACGGCAUGUGGCGCCUCCCGGGACUCUUGGGCCGCGCUCUUCCCCGUCUGCUGGGACCUGGCCUCCGGGGGGUGACCCCCAAGUCCACUUACCCAGAUGGGCCGCAGGCUGCCUCCUCCUCCAACCCGCUGGUCCCUGUGCCCAGCUUUGACAGGUCAGGCCCCCAUGGCCCAGGCCCAGGCACAAACAGGGGCCCAAGGUCCCAUGGAUGGAAGGAUGCCUUCCAGUGGAUGUCUUCCCGUGUUUCCCCAAACACCUUGUGGGAUGCCGUAUCAUGGGGCACUCUGGCUGUGCUGGCCCUGCAGCUGGCAAGGCAGAUCCACUUCCAGUCGUCCCUGCCAGCAGGACCUGGGCAAGCGGGGUGCUGCUCUUGGCGCAGUCCCCUGGACCGUUUCCUCUCAUCUCCCUUGUGGCAUCCGCGCUCCUCACUUCGGAGACACAUCCUCCCCAGCCCUGAUGUCCCAGCUUCCAGGCAUACUGGUCCCAGGGAACCCAGGCUGGGCCAGGAAGAAUGCUCCACUCAGCCCGAGAACCUCUCUUCACACAGCUCCUUGAGGGCAUCUGGUCCUCAGGGCCCUUGUGAGGAAGAUCCCAGUGAUCUCAGCUUCCUGCCCACCAGUGGUAACUUCCAACCCAGGGCAGAGCCAGCCCAGCUUCAGCCCACUGCAGAAAAGCAGGAACAAGAGAAGUCAAAAGCUCUUUCCCUCGAGGAGGCUGUGAUGUCCAUUCAGCAGCUCUUCCAGCUCACCGUUUCCAUUGCUUUCAACUUCCUGGGCACAGAGAACAUGAGGAAUGGGGACUACGUGGCAGCCUUUUCUUACUUCCAGAAAGCAGCAGACCAUGGCUACAGCAAAGCACAAUACAACGUGGGCUUGUGUCACGAGCAUGGCAGAGGCACCCCCAAGGACCUGGGCAAGGCAGUCCUUUCCUACCAGCUGGCUGCCAGCCAGGGCCACAGGCUGGCUCAGUACCGCUACGCCAGGUGUCUGCUGCAAGGCCUGGCCUCCGAGGGGGCACCUAAGCGGCAGAGGGCAGUGUCCAUGCUGAAGCAGGCUGCUGACUCGGGCUUGAGAGAGGCUCAAGCUUUCCUCGGGGUGCUUUUCACCAAGGAGCCACACCUGGAUGAGCAGAACGCUGUGAAAUACUUUUGGCUUGCAGCCAACAAUGGGGACUCACAGAGCAGGUACCACUUGGGAAUUUGCUUUGAGAAGGGCCUUGGUGUGCGGAGGAACCUGGGAGAGGCUGUGAGAUGUUACCAGCAAUCCGCGGCUCUGGGCAAUGAACCUGCCCAGGAGAGGUUGCAGACCCUCUUUUCCAUGGAGGCAGCAGGUAAAGCCCUGGGGACCAGCGACCUGGCAGUUAAAGGAUUGAAGUCCUUCUCCAGUCCCUCCCUCCACAGCUUCAACACUCUGCUGGCAGGGGCCUCCCACCUCCCACACGCCUCGAGCACAGGGAACCUUGGCCUCCUCUGUAGAAGUGGGCGUCUCAGAGCCAGCCCUGGAGCCCCCAACAUUGCUCUCCCCCCGUUCAGCUAUCCCUUGGAAAGGAGUCUCGUCAGACUGGGUUUUGGCUAAGAUCCUCUCACUUCAGCCCUACAGAAGGGAGCCUGUGGGUUCUCAGAGAGAUACCACAACUUGAGCCCCAGAGCAGAGGCCAGUUGUCUUCUCAACUUCCCGAAGAACCUUAAGUACCUGCCCCAGCACAGUAAAGAAGAAAGUGUGUGAAGACCCAGGUCUGGGCCAUUUCCUCUUGAAGCAGUGACCUGACCCACUACACUGUUUUCUCAGUUGUAAACCAAAGGCACUGGUGUCUGCCCUUCUACCCUGAGCCUAUGUGGGGCAUUUUGUGGCAGAAAGGACCUUGGUCCUCACUGAAGCCCAGGGAGGCGGAGUGGUGCCCAUGGUUACACAGCUUUAUGAGUCAGUAGGCUCCGAGAAGACCCAGGCCCCCUGACUCCUAGCCCAGGGCUCUUUUGUGCCUUUCACACUGUAGAUUUACGUGAAAGUGUUCUUGUCAUCUGGCCAGUGUGAGGGAGGAAGUGGAGACUGAGCGCCUGGAGAUUUGCGCAGGGAAGUAUAGAUUUAGAGAUCCUUGUUUGUGAAAGGUAUGCCAGAAAUGGAUGAGAGUUUAAUAAAAUAGAUAUUGGAUUAUCUCA